AAUUUAUUUCUUUUUUCUUAUAGGUUCUUCAUCAUUAAGGAAAGUUUCCUGCUCUACUAUGCUGAGAGUGAGAAGAAGAAUUUUGAAAGCAAUAAAUACUUCAAUAUCCACCCCAAGGGUGUCAUACCCCUGGGAGGCUGCAUUGUGGAGCCCAAAGAAGAGCCCAACAUGCCUUAUGCCAUAAAGAUCUCUCAUGAAGACUUCCAUGGUAACAUUGUUCUAGCAGCCGAAUCAGAGUUUGAGCAGGCUCAGUGGCUGGAGAUGCUACAGGAGUCUGGAAAAGUGACCUGGAAGAAUGCCCAGCUGGGAGAAGCCAUGAUCGAGAGCCUGGAAGCCCAAGGACUACAGCUGGCCAAGGAGAAACAGGAGUAUUUAGAUAAGCUAAUGGAAGAAACAGAAGAGCUGUGUCUGCAGAGGGAGCAAAAAGAGGAACUCGAGCGUCUGAACCAGGUCCUGGAAGCAGAGAAGCACCGGUUUGAAGAGGUGGUACGGGAGCUGCGGCUGGAGCAGGAACAGAUCAGACGGGAGCUAGAGCUCACAGCCCGCUCCCUUAAAGGAGUGGAGGAAGAAAAGAAAGAGUUGCGAAGCCUGACACAGUCCUUACAGAAAACCCUAGAGGAGCUCUCCCUGGAAAAGCAGCAAAUGCUGGAGAUGCUGGAAGAAAAUGAGAGCCAGCUCCCAUCUCCAACCAGCCCCACCAAGGAGCAAAGCCCCAUCUGGGGACUGCAUUGCAGCCUGCGACAGAUUGAAGAGAAGAUGCAGCAACUUCUGAAGGAGAAACUCCUGGCAGAGAAGAGGAUGAAGGAGAAUGAGGAGCGGUCCCAAGCGCUGGAGGAGGAGCGGGAGUUUUACUCUUCCCAGUCGCAAGCGCUGCAGAACUCGCUCUUGGAGCUGACUGCAGAGAAGCAGCAGGCGGAGAGAGACCUCAAGGCUGAGGUGAAGGUGCGCAUGGAUCUGGAGAGGAGAUUGAGAGAAGCUGAGGAAGCAUUGCAGAGUUUGGAGCAAGGCUUAAGUUCUCUGGAUUGCAACAAGGAGAAAGAGAAGAAGAUGAAAGCAGAUGUCAGUAGCUUGAGAA